UUAGAGACAAACAAACUUUGCUUUAUAUUAAUAAAGAUUAUUAAAAUCAUAUUGCAUAUGUAUGUCACUAAUUUUAUAUUGGAGGUAUCUUGCCUUGCAUGCCGGUUUGAUCCUGAAAAAUGUGAUUGGCGGGAGAGUGAUUUUAUGUGAUUUUUGAGUUUCAAGCGCCAUCUUCAUCACAAACAAUGUUUUACAUUCUUUCCGGAUAUGAGACUUUCCAUACCGAACAAAAUCAAACUACCCAGAAACUAUUAAAAUGGCCAUUGACAUGAAUUUGAUUUCACUGAAAGACGGUGGCAGAUUUGCAAUGAGUUGGCUUGCAGGAACAAAUCCCAAAGCUCUUCGUUCAAAUUUCCAGCGUCAUAAUAUAUAUUCAGUAGAUGUUACAAAAGUAUGUGAAGAAAUGAUAAAAUCGGUCAAAACGAAAGAAGAUAAAAUUUCAUUUCGAAUUUUGUAUAGAUUAUGCUUUGGAACAAUUCAUAUUUAUGCUGAACAAGUACAACAUUUGUAUGAUGUCACUUUGAACUUUGUCUGUUUCAAUACAUUUGUAUUGAAGCAAUACUCCCGCAAAAGGCAUAGCUCGGCAGUUCCUAAUCCUGACAAUUCAAACAGCAAGAGAAUUCGUUUAACAUCAUGUGAUGAUUUGGAUAUUUCAAGUCUUUUAAUAGAAUCGGAAAUAUUUAACAAUUACACUGAAGAUAAAUUUCAAUUUCCCAAUCAAGUGGGUCACAAUAUCAAUAGGAAACAAAAUACAUCAACAUGUAUUCAAAUUAAACAAAUAACAAUAAAACAUGUUAGUUGGGAUGAGCCAAUGCCAGAAGAUGAAGACACAUUUGGAGAUGCAUCACAAGAUGAAAGAAGUUUUCUUUUAUCGGGAUUAGAUGAUAGUCUAAGAAGAUCUUGCAGUCAGAAACGGAAGAUGUCUUAUACACCUGAGUGUUCAUCGCUCAAAAGAUCACGGUUUACAAAUGAAUCAAUAGAUGAUGUUCGCUAUGUUCCGUCAAGUCAAAAUGAUACGAUGUCUGAAGUUGAUCUCGAAUCCAUAAACCAAACAAAUCAAGAAUCUGAGAAGAACACUAUUGAUUUCAAUGACAAUGACAUUACACAAAUUGAUUUUGAAUCAACACGCGUAGAUGCCUCCUCAAAAAAUCAACCAUCAAACUACGAAACAUCAAACAAUCAAACCGAUUUUUAUGGAUUUGAGGAUUCAAAUGAUACUCCCUUACCUGAUAUGUUACAAGAAUAUAUCAGCAGAACUGAUGAAGACAAUGUUGUGGACAAUAUCAGUAGAAUUGACUCGCCCAUUUCUAGUUUUUCUAUUUCGAAUGAGAAUACUAGAAAUACCGUUUUCUCAGGGAAAAAACGAAAGCGGUCAGAAAUUGUUAUUGACACCUUUACCCAAAUUCCAAAGCCAGAUUUGGAUGAUAUUUUAAAAUAUUGUUUUGACAUUGAUAAGGGAGAACAUAUAGCUUCAACUAAAAAACCAAGGAUUCCAAUAGUAUUAAAUAAACGAAUCAUAAGCCCAAGAUUUCAAAGUGAUAAAUUGCUCACACGUUUCAAUAAAAAUGUGAAACUUCGAUUGCAGCAAAAUCAUGAUUAUAAUCGAAGGCUUAUUGUUGAAGAAAUUCUAGAUGAUGCUUAUGAUGAGUUCAAAAAUUUGUUUAAAAUAAAAGAAACGUAUGGUGAAUCAAGAAGAAGACAAAAGCGUGAAAAUGAAACUAAUGUUGAAAAAUUGAAGCAGUCAUUGCGAUCAGAUGAAAACAACAAGAUCAUUAUUGAUGAUAAUAAUAAUAAUAAUAGUACCGUUAUUAAUGAUGCUAACAAUAAUAUUCUGGUUGAAGAAGAACUUCCACCAAAUAGUUUUCAAGUUGAAUUAAAUGCUGAUAACCAUUAUGAGUCUCAGAAAAUUGGUUUAACAUUAAACUGUUCAUUAGAUGAGAUCAAUCCAUUUGAUAUUUCCUUCAAUUUCCCAUUGGAAGCUGAAACUCAAAGAUCUGAAUGGGGAAAAGAAGGAAUUAUGACCAAACUUCUAUUUGCUUGGUUAUCAGAAGAUAACAUUGUUAAUAUGAAAUCAAUUAUCACCGGUGCAAGUCGUAUAAAUGCAGCUUUAGCAUUUCAUACUUUAUUAGAUCUUGCUGGUCAAAACUACAUCGAAAUAGUAAAAGAUGAAACAAAUUCAAUUGAAUCAAUCAAAAUGGGUCCAGAAACAAUCAAAAAAAUAAAUCAAUCCUGUUGUGAGUGAGUGAAUUUUAAAAUUACAAAAAGUGUUUUUUUCUGUUAAUUUAUUUUGU